CUGGACCUGCUGCUUCACUGACCCAGGACCUGCUGCUUCACUCCCUCACUGACCCAGGACCUGCUGCUUCACUGACCCAGAACCUGCUGCUUCACUCCCUCACUGACCCAGAACCUGCUGCUUCACUCCCUCACUGACCCAGGACCUGCUGCUUCACUCCCUCACUGACCCAGGACCUGCUGCUUCACUCCCUCACUGACCCAGGACCUGCUGCUUCACUUCUCACUGACCCAGGACCUGCUCCAUCACUGACCCAGGACCUGCUUCCCACAUUGACCCAGGACCUGCUUCCCACAUUGACCCAGGACCCGUUGCCUUCAUUGACCCAGGACUUGCUCACCUCACUGACCCAGGACCUGUUGCCUUCACUAACCCAGGACUUGCUCCCCUCACUAACCCAGGACUCGCUACUUCACUCAGUCACUGACUCAGGACCUGCUACCUUUACUCCCUUACUUACCCAGGACCUGCUCCCUUCACUGACCCAAGGAUUCCUACCUUCACCCCCUCACUGACCCAGGACUUACUACCUUUACUGACACAAGACUUGCUGACCUCUCUCCAUCACUGACCUAGGACCUUCUGGCAUCUCUCCAUCACCGACCCAGGACCUCCUGGCCUCUCUCCAUCACUGACCCAGAACAUACUGGGCUCUCUCCAUCACUGAUCCAGGACCUGCUGGCCUCUUUCCAGACUGACACAAGAGCUUCCACUUUGCUUCACACCUGUAGCUCCUUCCUUCCUGCUCAGAGACUCAGGAGCUGCUGAUUUACCGGUGCUGCUGGCCUCUUGAACUGGGAUUCCUGAGGAUCAUGUCCUGUCUGUGAUUCAGAGAUACCUGGAGCUCCUGUCUGGACUGCAUUAGAUAGCAAUCUGUGGAUUGCACGCCCCAGGUUGGGGUUCCUGGAUUCUGUAUUCUUCCCAAACUCUCCAGGAUCCUCUGAUCUGAUGGAAAAGUCCAAGAAUUUCCGGAUUGAUGCUCUUUUGGCCAUCGACCCACCCAAAGCUCAGACAUCUCCUCUGGCACUGGUCACCUCAUUGUCCUCCUCCUCUCUGUCAACUUCUGGAAGCCCUCCCUCUGAACACACAGACAGCCUGAGGACAGACACCCCAUCACCUCCAAGGACCUGUGGACUAGUACCCAAACCAGGCUUUCUGAGCAAUCACCAGCACCCUAGCAACAUGAUGGGCUUACACCCACAGGGGGGCACCGGGAUCCACCCUCAGGCCCUUUAUGGACACCCUGUCUACAGCUAUUCAGCAGCUGCUGCUCUGGCAGCAGGUACGCACCCAGCCUUGUCCUACCCUUACAGCCAAAUGCAAGGAGCCCAUCACAGCCACCCCAUGGACCCCAUCAAGAUCAGUGCUGGGACUUUCCAACUGGACCAGUGGCUGAGAGCCUCUACAGCUGGCAUGAUGCUCCCCAAAAUGGCAGACUUUAACUCCCAGGCCCAAUCGAACCUGCUGGGAAAGUGCCGGAGACCCAGAACCGCGUUCACCAGCCAGCAGCUACUGGAACUCGAACAUCAGUUUAAACUCAAUAAAUAUCUGUCCAGGCCGAAACGUUUCGAAGUGGCCACAUCGUUAAUGCUCACAGAGACCCAGGUGAAGAUCUGGUUCCAGAACAGGCGCAUGAAAUGGAAAAGAAGCAAAAAAGCAAAAGAGCAGGCCGUACAGGAUGCAGAGAAACACCAGAGAUCAGGAAAGGGUAACUGUGACGAGAAGUGUCAGGAGGACGCCCAAGAGGAGAAGACUUCUUUCCACCUUCACUCCAGGGGGGAACCACUUAAAAGUGGUAGCCGACUGCCAAGGGACUACUCCGACAGUGAAGAAGAGGAGGACAGAGAAGACGAUGAUGAAGAGCAAAGGGGCGGAAAACAUUUCUGCCACCAUUCAUCUGACUGUACAUCAGAAGACGAUGAUAACACUCAUAAAAAGCAGAGUAGUCACAUGCACUGAGUGUUCAACAUGGACAGCAUCGCCAUUUGCACCUCAUUGACCACUGUUAGGGACCUCCAUAUUGAACUUUAUUAGAGGACAUCUGAUAUCCCUAUACUGCAAGAACCCACCCUGUUGGGAACCACUCUUCAUGUGAUCACAGUCAUUAGCAAAAAAAUCAGGAUUGAUAUCUAGGUUGUCAGCUGUUACAUUGACACCACAUAUAGAGUGCCAUCUUGACCAAGUUGAUGAAAAACCACUAUACAUCCAUCACUAGCUUUCCAGUUGUUACCCAUCCCAUACAUGCAUUAAGAAGAUAUGUAUCUACAAAACUAGUGUACUGUCUGUUUCCUUAUGGUUGUAUAGCUAGAGGAGGAAUUUUCCUAUAGCAGAUUAAGAACGGAGGGAUGUGGGCCUUCUGCGUUAGAAAAUAGAACGGACACUAUUUGGUGGGAAUACUCUAUAAAUGUUUACUUCGUGACCGAUAAACCUGCUAGAGAUGUUUAAGCUGUAUACUGGCUUUAUUUUUGUA